UUUUAUGGUUAUAAUUUCUUUCUGGACUAAUUAGCAACAUAGUAAUUAAUUUAAUAAAAAUUACUUUGCUUCUACGUAUUUGCAUAACUCAUAAAUAUUUACGGGUGUAUAAAACGUUCAACGGUUAGGUAGACACAGCCGAAAGUUAAAAUUGAUGAACGAAAAAUGAAGAAGAAGAUAACUAAAACUAUUUGCUUAUGUUUUAAGCAGUUUUAAGGUUAUCGAGUAAUACAUAAACGUGUAUUUUAGUGUUUUUAUUAAUUUUAAAAUUUGAAAUAAUGACAACGAAGACUAAAAUUUCAAAAGAAAAACGUAAGAAUCAAAAACGAAAUAAGGCACUUAAGCAAGGAACUGCGAAGAAAAAGCAGAAACAUACAAAUAAACAUGUUACAAAUGGAUUUAAACCUCCUAAAACGGUUUAUUCUGACGAAGAAGAAAGCGAAGGCGAGGAUGAUAUGCUUGAUAUGGUAGAAAAAGAGGACAUUUCGUUCCUAAAAAGUGCUAUUGCAAAUAGAUCUUAUAAUCUUUUGAGUGGAAUUAAAUUUCAAGGAUCUACAUCUAAAAAGGGUACAAAAAGAAAACAUGGUGAUGAAGAUACUGAGGCAUUAGAAGAGCAUUAUGAAAACCAAACAAAGGUUGAAAAUAACGUCAAUAUAAAGAAUCUGUUGCCUAUUAAAGCACAUGGUAAAAUUAUUCCUCAAGUGAGAGUGGAAGCAAUAGAAGUUGUUCUAGAAGACAAAGAAAAAACUGACUCAGAAGAAGACACUCAGUCAGAUAAUGAAGGAAGUUUUAUUUUGGAAGAGGAUGUUGUAAAACCGAUUACUACUGUCGACCUACUUGCAUCGCAUGCUGAAUCAUUGAAUAAGAAGAAAAUUCAGAUAGGAAGUUUAUGUGCAGGAAUUUUAGAAAAUCCAGAAGAAAAAUUGGACAAUUUGAGAGUGGUUUUAAAAAUUUUAGAUGAAAAUUUAGAUGAAGCUUUCUUGACUGUCAGGAAAAUUGUAAUUGUGGCCUUACAAGAAGUUUUUAAGGAUAUUUUACCAGAAUUCAAAAUAAAACUUCAGGAAAAUACAGGAGUGAAAUUAAAAAAGGAAACAUUCAAGUUGCAAAAAUAUGAAAAUACUUUAUUGCUGUGCUAUAAAAGAUUUUUAAAGAAAUUGGAAAAGUAUAUGGGUAAAUUGAUAAGGAAAAAGGGGAAUACUCAAAAACCUACCCUUGAACAAGAAAAAUUAGGUGAACAAUCUUUACAAACAAUGUGUGAUUUACUUGUGUCUCAUCCAUAUUUCAAUUUUUCUGAAAAUAUAGCACAAGCUGUUAUACCAUUUCUUUGUAACAAAAAUAAGUCCAUUAGAUUGAUAGUUAGCUCUGCAUUUAAAAAUGUAUUCAAAGAAGAUAAAAGGGGAGAAAUUACCCUCAAGAUUGUAAGAUUAUUGAAUCAGCUACUAAAAAGACACACCCAUAAUGUAAACACAGAAAUGUUAGAGAUAUUUUUGUCACUUAAGAUUAAAGAAGUAAAUCUGGAUCAAGAAAAAGAACAUGAACUGAAGCAGAAAAAAUUGCUUUCACACAAGAAAAGAGUUUUACAGUUAUCCAAAAAAGAAAAAAAGAAAAAGAAACAACUGCAAGAGUUGGAAAAGGAGCUGUUGGAGACUAAAGCAGAGGAAAAUAAAAAAGCAAAACAACAAAAUUUAACUGAAAUUACCAAAGUUGUGUUUGGCGUUUGUUUUAGGAUACUAAAGACUUCCAAAAAUACAAAAAUGUUAGGAAUUGCUCUCGGAAUUUUAUCAAAAUUUGCCCACUGCAUAAAUAUUGACUUUUAUGUCGAUUUGGUGAACACUUUAAAAAAUUUAAUGCAAGAGGACUGGUUGAGUUACCAUGAGCGUCUUCAUUGUAUGAAGACAGUCUUUUCAAUUCUUAGUGGUCAUGGAGAAGCACUGAACAUUGAUCCAUCAUUUCUAUAUGUUAAUCUUUAUAAAGACCUUUUGACUAUUCAUGCAUCUAAAAGUCACAAUGAUUUGGAAUUAGCUUUAGAGACGCUCACUCAAGCAUUAGUAAAAAGGCGAAAAAAGGUCACCAAUAAGAGGAUCAUAGGUUUCACAAAACGUCUCAGCAUUUUGGCAUUGCAGCUUCUUCACAAUGGUAGCUUGGGUUGCUUAGGAAUAAUACGGACAUUAUUACAACAGAACCAGUUUAUUGAUGUUCUUUUGGAUUUGGAUCCUUCUUUAGGAGAUGGAAAUUAUCAACCAGAGAUAGAGGACCCUGAAUAUUGUAAUGCUUCAACAACAGCCAUGUAUGAAACAGUGUUGUUAAGUAAACAUUACCACCCCAUAGUGAGAAAUUAUUCAACGUUAGUUGCCCAUGGUGUUCAUGUUACUGGAGAUAAGAGUAUCCCAAUUGAUGUAUCAAAACUCACUCCAGAAGAACUUUGUAGAGACUUUGACAUGGCAGAAAUGGCUUUCAAUCCCCCAGUUCCUGCCCCAAAACCAAUUACAAAAGUGAAAAUGGUUGGAAGACACUGUUUUGUUAAUUCAGAUUUUCAUAGGUUUUGCUUAGAGAAAUCAAAGUUUAAAAGAGAUUGUAAAGGAAUAUUUUUGUAAUAAAAAUGUAAAUAAUUA